AUGGUUCCAGACUGCACGGCCAUGGGGCUUACCACACCAGGAGUGAAGCUGGCAGGUACCUCGGUCACAGAUCUCAGCGGCGCUGGCAAGGGCAAGAAUUUGGAAGCUGGCUCGCCGUACCCAAUGUCGCCCACGCAGCCAAUGGUGAGCUCUCAGGUUAUUCAGAUGUUCUCGGACACCCAGAAGGAACGCGAGAGGCUCCACUGCCUACUCAGUAUGCAGGCCUUCAGAUCAUUGCGCGACAGCAGUGGCGGGAACAGGGAGGAAGACGAGAUCCCCGUUCCCGUGCAGCCCGAGGGGGCAAGGGACUGCUCGCCAGCAGUCGACGUCCCAGUGGAGACGGGUCUGUCUCCAACCUCGCCCGCAGAUGCGGCGGGAGACGUCGCACUGGUGGUGAGAGGGCUGGCUCAGGGCCGGAAUCGCGGCGCCGGAUUCAGGCGGUACG